AUGCUUGUCUCACAUACAGGAGCUUCCGUAUCUGCGUUUGAGGGCGAGCCCGUUUACUUUGGCCUGACUCCAGUCGCUCCAGUUCCAGCUCAGUUUGGCCUUGAGUACUUCGGCCCUCCGUCCGUUGGUCCUAGCCCUAUUGCUUACGGUCCUUACAGACCGCCGCCAGUUUCCCCAGUUUUGCUUGACUCUGCUCCGCCGGGUCCUCCCUCAUAUGGCCCGCCGGUGAUGGGUACUUUGCUUCCUGGUUCUCAAUUCCUUUCCCCGCCUCCUUUGAACAUUGAUUACACCGACCCGAAUUUUUUCAUGGCAGCCUCUUAUCCCGGCGAACCUGUUGAGAUUCCGGAGAACAAAUCCCGUGAAUGUAUUGUUGCUUAUCGCAAAUUCAUGAACUGGAUUCACACGGUGUACUAUUCAUCAAAGUCACCGGAGACAUUUGUGCAAGCCUGGCAACGAGCCCUCAAAGAGAUGAAGCAGGCCUUUGGACCCCCAUAUCCUCCCACGGUAUUCAUCCUUACUCAGUUCCUUGCUGCGGUCAGUGUGAACCCUAACACCAUUCCAUGGGUUGAGUCGCUCCAGUUCGAGAAAGGUUCUCUGCCGGCGUCGAUACUAGAUGAAGCCUUCGCCGAUUUCCUGGAGUUUGAGGCAUAUCGACUAGGAAACCAACAGUUAGUCCCAGGCAACCUAGAUACUGCCGUCGCUGACGUGGACCAAAUUGAAAGUUUCCCCAAGCAGUACUGUCCCUAUCACCAGCGUCUCACGAGGCACCCCGUUGAGGAAUGCUUUCGAAACCCACAGAACACGAAGCGUAAGAGAAAGUGGAGGCGAAAGCAGGCGCGAAUGGCAGCAGCUCUCGAGGCCGAGAAAGGGAGGCAGCUAUGA